AUGGCCGAUCAAUCAUAUUCCCAAUUCCAUCCUCCUGCUCUUCGUCCUGGUGGCCCUUCACCCUCUGGCUCUCCUCAACCCAAUCUUCAGCAACAGCUUGAUCUUCUCAACUACGACCCCGACAUGCCUUCCUACACCAAUCAAAUGCGACAUCCGUCAGGGUCGGGUCCCAGUGGUCACUCGGGCCCUUUACCAUCUCAAUCUCCACCCCUGCCAUCCAUGGCCCUGAAUAAUCAGUAUAGUGGCCGCUUUCCAAGCGCCCAAUAUGGCCCCCCCCAGUCACCAACCAACGAUGCUGGCAACGCUUUCGCAGAUGGUCCUGGACAUGCCCACUCGCGCUCACGAAGUAGCACUUUUGGACAAAGCUAUCCCAUUCCUGUCGGUGCUGGUCCUCCGGGUCAGGGUCAAGGUCCCGGCCCCGGUCCCGGUCCCGGCGGCCAAGGGCCACCUCCAAUGCCAUUCUCUCCUCCACAGCAGAUGGCUCAACCUCAACCCUUGAUGCCCCAACAUAGUGGCUACCAACAACCGGGACAAGUUGGGCCCUCUUCUGCCUCCCGCCCAGUCUCUCGUGGAGGACCCCAGGGGCCCCUUGGUCCCAAUGCGCGACCAACAUCGUCUAAAUCUCCAUUUUCCACCCCCAUCACAGCUCCGCCCCGCCAGCGCCCAAGCCAAAUUCUACUCAUCAACCCGAAUUCAUCCCGUGGCAUGACGGACACUAUGGCAAAUGCUCUUCGACCCAUCAUCCCACCUGGAGUCGAACUCACCGCCUACACAGCCCCAUACCCUGCACCAACUGCGAUUGAAUCCACAACCGAUGCAAUCAUGUCGACGGAAGCCGUUCUACGUGACCUCGCCAAGCAUGCCGCGACGAAUGGCGAGACCGUCCAAAACUUCGAUGGGAUGAUCAUAGCUUGUUUCUCUAAGCACCCUCUGAUUGACGCCUUGCGGGAAUCAUACGAUGUGCCCAUCAUUGGAAUAAUGGAAGCAAGCCUCUACGUGGCCCGUAUGCUUGGUGGGCGAUUUGGAGUCGUCGCCACAGCUGCCCGAUCCAAGAUCUUGCAAGACGAUCAAGUCGCAACCUAUGGUCUUUCACAUUACUAUGUGGGCAGUGAGGCCACGCAUCUGGGAGUAUUGGAGCUGGAUUCACGCCCGAAAGAAGAGGUGGCCAAACGCGUCAUGCAUGCAGCAAGAGCCCUGGCCGUCAAAGGGGCAGACACGAUUAUCCUAGGAUGUGCCGGGAUGGUGGACAUGACACGUGCUGCCAAAGAUGCAGUGAGAGAUGAAGAUGGACGUCGGACGAUCAACGUUAUUGACCCCGUCGAAGCUGGCUUGGUCAUGAUGUCAAGUUUGGUAGGAAUGGGUAUUCCGACUAGCAAGAAGGGAAUGUAUAAAGGUGAAAAGGAAGCCAGGAGAACAAGAGGGCAGAAUUGGCUAUAA